AUGCGUUCUCCGCAAGCUCGUCCCUAUGGCAAUGGCGGGCGAAAGCCUUCCAAGUAUGAAGAUGACACUGGUUAUUCUGCUCACGAGAGUGGUAGGCGGACUCACUAUUCAGAAUAUGAGAAAAGCACGACGAAUGGGAAAAGAACUGUUUUUUCUGAAUACACAACAGAUGCAGACUACACAGAUGAGGAUGGGUCAUCUUACUCAGAAUCUGACAAUGGAAAACGUACUCCUUUUUCAGAAUACAUUACAGAGUACACCGAUGAAACAGACGAUGAUAGGAUGUCUGGAACUCUUGGAAUUGCAAGAAAUCAAUACUGUACCACAUUGAAUGCCUUGGUUGAAGGAAGCGAUUCCUGCUCCUCCGAGUCAUCAUAUUCGCAAUCGACAUUUGCAUCUGAUUUCGAUCGAAUGUGUAAUGCAAACGUCAAUACAAACUGUAUGGCUACACUGUUCAAUCGAAAUGCUGAGGUUCCUGGAACAAUCCAUUGUGGAGGAGAGCAUUCAGACGCGCAGCAAAAGGUGAGCCUUCCUUUACCACUCCACUACAUGGACCACCUAGUGCCUUCAAAGCAAGAAUUCAGUUCGGCCCUUGAUAAUUUUGCUCAAAAGUUCGAUACUGGAGACGAGGAACGCCCUGGCUUUCCGCAGGUGUACAAGUCACUUUUCGAAGCAAACUUAUCACAGACUGCAAGCGUCGAGGAUGACGAACGCAUGGCGGAAAACGUGCCCAGACGAAAAGGCACCGAGAGGAACAGAUCACAAGAUUUGGCUUUUCCGAAAACCAAACGAGAUGUUCUGCCAAAAGUUGAAAAAGACAAGGAUCCAGAUAUUUUGUCACCUCCAAGUCAUAUUAUCAUCAACGAUGAUUUCACAGCUGUAAGCUCUGCAGAGAGCUUCGGUUUUGCUCCAGAGACUCAGAAAACAUCUUCUGGAGUGAAACACAAAAAUGACAGAAGGGAAGGGAACAACCGACACUCGUCACCUCGUCAUUCGUCACCACGCCAUACAGCACCGCACCGACCGUCACCCCGUCAUGUGACACCCCACCAUCCAUCGCCCCACCACUCCUCACCUGAGCGUCCAUCGCUUCGGUGUACUACUGAGAAGAACAAGUACGAAUACAGCAGUACGAAAGUGGAUGCGCCAACAACAACGAGGCACGGACUGGACAGGCUCAUGCGCAAGCAAACUGCUUCGCCAUCGAAACGUCGCGAAGAAAUCGAUGAAGAGGAGGCCCCGGUAUUCAAGGGGGUAGCGAGUAUGAAGUUACCAUUAUCUGGCGGGAAAGUUUCCAGUAAUGGGAAGCCGAAUGUCUUUUCGUUCCGUCAUGUGGAUGAAAGUAGGCAGGAUGCUCAUACACCUGAACACCGGAUAGCAAGUGCACGAGGAGAAGGCGCAACUUCUAGAGUCAAUACUCAACCAGACAAGCGAGACUCUGCUGGUCUUAUCAAUAAAGAAUCCCUGAGCUACAAUGAAUUGGUGCCAAUAAACACAUCUAUAGCGAAAGCCAAAGCUAACAGAACCAAAAAUCAUCUCAUGAUGAAUUCCAAGGCUCCCUCACAGUCAUAUCCGCCGAGAAACAAGACUUCUAUCAUGAGGGAUGAACGUAACGGUGCCCCUGGGGCAAAUGAUACAAAUGCACAUUUAUGGAGGAACUCAGCAAACUCCAUUCCUCAUGUUUUGAGCCUGAAACAGACGCAAACAGGAUUUAGUGAACUCACAGGUGAACCCGACGCGUUUGGUGAAACGAAAAUAGACUCUACGCCACUGGAAACAAUUGUCACAAGUCCACAGGGACAUGGUGCUGUCAAUGUCCAAGUACUGAGUCUGAAACCGACGCAAACAGCAGUUAGUGAACUUACAGGCGAGGCUGGGGACUUCGGAGAGAUGAGAGGGUACACUGUUCCACUCGACACCAUCGUCUCGAGCCCGCGAGGAAAUGAAACUCCGCCUACGAAGAAGCAACCUCGUGAAGAGUGUACAAGAUCUCCUCUCGCGACAUCUGAAAUACGCGUUCAAACUCCCUCCAGAAGAAACAGAGAUCUGACAAACGACAUGGGCGUUAUGAAGUCCAAUAACGCAGCUCCGAAAGAAUCAGCAUAUCCAGAGCCUUCCUUGGAUGGCUAUGUUGUUGCAAGGAGAGCGACACCAAAUAAAAAGGCAGAGACUCUGGACAAGUUAGAGGAUGCAUUGAUGGGAUCCAGAAAAUCUGCUUCCUCUGACUACAUGGCAAAAAGACAAGGAUCCAACGAGACUCGAGUGUUUGCCUUCGAUGAGUCUAAAUCUUGCGCAAGGCCAACGAUGAGCGAUUCAGCGGCUGCAGCAGACAUCGGGCAAGCUGAGCAUCAAAGUACAACGAUUACGGCGGAAGGUCAAGAGGCCAAGAAACCAUCGAACGACAUCAAGUCUAAGCCAACACAGGUAGAAUUGGACGAUUCAACGCCGAGUCGCCUAGGUGAGCCCAUUGAAGUCACAAAAGCGGCUCUUGAAAGCACGGAAGAAAAGCAUCCCGAAAAAAGAGAGUUUGAAAAAGCAUCGGGGAGAGAGAAAGACGAUCGAGAUGUCCGAGCCCAUGCGACUAAAGAAGAAGGGGCGGAUACAGCCCAAUCCCUGUAUCCUUCAUCCUUUUCAGAUUAUUGCAAGGAUUUAUCUAGUAAUGACGACAAAACUUCGGGAGAUCAAGAUGGCGUAAACGGUGAUAGCGCGGUACACAAGCUCGAGGGGGGUGGUCCCGCCUCUCUGUCUGCCCUUGACAAUGAAAUCUCCCUCCUUCAGAGCCAGAUAACUGGACUGGAGCAACAGGAUCAAAUGUCAGAGAUUUACAAUGAUCAAAUGACUUCGGCUAGUCAUCACUUCGAGCCUCCGAUAAUAGAGUCAGAAGAUCCUGUGAUGCCUAUCAUUGGGACAACAAAGAUUGAUGAUGAUAUUCCUCGUCUUCAGUCUUCUCUUGACCCGCCAAGGGCUUCUUCUGGCCCUCCUGAGUCCGGUAGGAUGACUAGUGGAGACCAUCACCACUUCAAGCCACCUCUUGCUCCAACAGAGCAAGGCCCGACUUCAAAAGGGAAAAAGCAAAAGAAUAGUUCGGGUUUCAAACCGGCUUCAAAACAGAACAAAUCAACCGAUGCAACACUUGUAACGGCCCCCACCGUCAUGUCAAUUGACACACCAUUCACAGUCGACGGCCCGUUGGUUCUUUCCCCAACAGUAAAGGGACCGGAAGAAAUAAAAUGGAAUAGAAACUCGAGCAUGCUUGUGGCAACAGCGAUCGCCCUACCGUUUGAAAGAAGUUCCAGUCAUGGAGUCGAAAUCGAUGCAUCAUUUUUCUUCAUUUUCGUCAUAGGAACGAGGAAGUACAUUUCUGAUGUGCUCUUCAUCAUUGUUGCCUGGUUGCGUCACCUUUCUUCGCUGGGCUUCGCUCCACGAGAACAAGCUAGAUUUCGGGUGGGAUUGAUGGUUCCACCAAUCACAGAAGACGAUGUCCUCCGUGAACACCAGCUGCAGAGUAAAUCGACGGUCACCAGCAGGUUGCUGUCUCCGGCCUCUGAAGAACCAGGAAUCGUUGUCGAGUCCUUUGUUCCGGAGAUGUGGGCCGAAAAUGAAUCUGCGGGAGGAAAGCGAGGGGCAUUCCUUCCUCCCUUGACAAGUACUAACUCCAUUUGGAAUAGAAUUUUUCGCAAACAGGAGGUUGUAACAGCAGCAACGCGGUGGGGUUCAGAAGUAUAA